AUGAUCCAUGUUGACACGAACGCUGUCGCCGAGCAUGCAGUUCUUGGUCGUGUGCAGGAACAUGCGGACGAGGCUGUCUUCCAGGUGCAGCUGACGCGGUACACGUGCGGUGGGCUUGUAAUCGGCAUGGCCAGCCAUCACCAGGUCGCCGAUGGCCAGUCCAUGAGCGGCUUCUCCGCCUCCUGGGCCACCGCCGUCCGCACUAACUCCGCUCUCCUCCCGUCGCCGUUCCUUGACCGUGGGGCCACCGACAAACCCCGCAGCCUGCCUUUGCCGGUGUUCGAUCACGGAAGCAUCGAGUUCAAGGGCAAGCACAGCUCCAGCCGCUCCUACAGAGUGCUCCCCUUGGACAGGAUCAAGAACCUGGCGGUGCACUUCCCGGGCGAGUUCGUCGCCGAGCUCAAGGCCCGUGUGGGCUUUUCAUGCAGCACGUUCCAGUGCCUCCUUGCGCACGCAUGGAAGAAGGUCACGGCGGCGCGCGACCUGGCCCCGGAUGAUUUCACGCAGGUGAGGGUCGCCGUAAACUGCCGGGGCCGGGAGAAGCCCCCGGUGCCCAUGGACUUCUUCGGAAACAUGGUCCUCUCGGCAUUCCCGAGGAUGCGGGUCCGCGAUCUCCUAUCCUCCAGCUACCCGGCCGUGGUCGGCGUCAUCCGCGACGCCGUUGCGCGCGUGGAUGACGAGUACAUCCAGUCAUUCGUGGACUUCGGGGAGGCGCAGCGCGACGUUAAACUAGCAUCCACGGCGGCAACGCUGGGCACGGCGUUCUGCCCUGAUCUGGAGGUGGAUAGCUGGCUCGGGUUUGGCUUUCACAACCUUGACUUCGGUGGUGGGCCGCCGUGCGCCUUCCUACCGCCGGACCUUCCCAUCGAUGGAGUAAUGAUCUUGGUGCCGUCGUGCGCAGCCAAGGGUGGCGCCCAUCUGUUUGUGGCUCUUGACAACGAGCACGUAGAAGCCUUCAAGAAGAUUUGCUAUUCCAUUGAGUGA